AUGACAGAGAACACAGAGGACACCACCGGCCCCGUAGUGUUCGUUGAAAAUAGUAACAGCAACGUUUUAGCUGAUCAGAACACAACUCAGAGUCCCGCUGUAUUAUCUACACACCAGUCAGGCACCAGCAGCAGCCAUGAGAGCCCAGAGAAUGCAUGUGCUACAUGUGAGACUGAGACUGACAGAGGUGAGGCUGAGCAGGAGGAAAUGGGGCUCUUCAUCCCUGAGCCCAUGCUUUGCUGUGAAGCUGAGGAAGAUAAGGUCCCUCACUCUCUAGAGACACUGUACGAGACUGCGCAGUGCAACAGCACCUUGGACUGCCUGCUGUUAGCAGCCCAUGUGUUUCUGCUGGAGACCGGCUUCCUGCCACAGGGUUGUGAUGUCAGAGCCGGAGAAAUGCCCAGCACCUGGAAUGCAACAGAGGGCCUCUGCAGGCUGUGGUACUUUCACCCGUUCUGUGAGAACAGCUCAGUUCAGAUGGUUGGUGUGCUGAUGGGCCAAAAACUUGUCAUAAAUGGCACUAUGAAGACAAACAGUGCAGUAGAGAUUUCACAGAAGCUGGUACUGAAUCCUGAUGAUUACGUGACUAAGGAGUGGGCAGGUGGAAAUGCUGGACUGGCCUACAGAGAUAUGCAGAAACUGUCUCGUGUUUUUAAGGACCAUUUGGUUUACCCACUUAUUGCAAAAGCUAGAGAAGCACUGGGUCUGCCUGCACUGUUUGGUCUGACUCUGCUGCCCCCUGAGCUGCUUUUAAGGAUAAUGCAGCUACUGGAUGUUCCCUCGAUCCUAAAUCUGUCUCAAGUAUGCAGACACCUGCACUCUGUUUCUCAAGAUGCCUCACUCUGGAAACAUUUUGUGUACCGUGACUUCGGAGUCAAUUCUCAAUAUGGCACUGAGCACAGAGACACAAACUGGAAUGAGCUUUACAAAAAGAAAUAUCAGCAAAAGAAGGCAUGGCACAUAUUCAGAUUGAAGUUUUACGCUUCCCGAGUUAGCCCUUUUACUUCUUACCCCCCAGUGCCUGUCCUUCCUCUACCAACUUAUCAUCCGCCUGGCUUUAGCAGAAGGCGGUCCAAUCAGAGACCUGCUUUUUCGCAGGCCAUCCAGCCACGCCCGCCCUAUGCCCGGAUUGGCCUGUUUCUAGGUUAUGAACCGCCAACUGGACUGCCCCAGCAGAGGCCAGAGGGAAGCCGCGCAUCAGACACCAGGAGAGGUUUCAUCUGA